AUUACCAUCUCGUUUACCAGCAAAGUACAAUGUUAAAGUGUUGUGCGUGUUUUUUGUUUGUUUCUACUAUCGCAACUUCAAUUUUCUGUCAAGAAUUUCGACUGUCUUCGUACAAUGAAAAUCAACAAUUGUCAGUGCUACAAAAACACGCAUUUGCGGACCGCAUCGAGCAAGGAAGUAUAACGGUGAAAAAUUGCAGUGUAGAAAAAAUAGAACCCGAGGCUUUCUACAAUGUAAACGUGAAGAAAAUUGUCAUCACGGACAAUACAUUUACGUAUUUAAGAAGGAGAAUGUUCUCGCAUGUGAUGGUGGAUGAGCUGUAUUUGGACCACAACAAGAUCGACAGUAUAGAACCUGGUACAUUCAACUAUGUUUUACCUGUGUAUGACGAUGCCUUGCAGAUUUUAUCGCUGACUCACAACAAACUGGAGGUAGUGACGAGAGGAAUGUUUAGUGGAACUAAUUUUAGAAAAGUGCUGCUUAAUUACAACGAAAUAGACUCUAUAGAGUUUGGGUCGUUUGAGCACAUGCCUUACUUGCUCGCCCUGGGUCUAAAUGGAAACAAGCUCCAAUCGCUAGGAACUGGAAUCUUUACCAACUUAAAAAACCCUUUGUUUUUAGCUCUCGCUGAAAACAACAUGCAUUUCUUACAUAUGAGGGCGUUUGAGAAUUCCACCAUUAUGAGUUUGGACUUACAGAAAAACAAUUUAGGAAAAAUCACUCGAGAGAGUUUUGUUCACACACAAAUUGGGUGGUUGUAUGUUUAGUUUAUUAGAAUGUGAUAAUUUUAAUUGUUUGUUAAGUAAAGUAAGUGUAUAUAUUUUAUAACAUGUAUAUAAAAUCUUAGUAAAUAAUUUAUUUUUCUUAGUUGACUGUUUAUAUUUAUUUUUUUUAUUUAUGUGUGAGAGAGGAUGACUUGAAAGCAGGUCCGUUAGCC